CCGAGGAGACAGUGGAUAAGCGCUUUCGCUGAGAGGAGAGCCCCAGUACCCACCGUCCAGGAAGCUGCGGCUGCGUAGGGGAUCCCCUCUGAAGAAAAAAAAAAAGAGAGAGAACUCCAGCCAUGCUGAAGGACAAGAGGACCAAGGUCAAGAUCACCUUCUUCGUCAUCCUCAUGGGCAUCUCAUCCAUGUUCGCCGCCGUGGUGACGGACCACUGGGCGGUUCUGAGCCCGCGAGUGGAGAAGUUCAACACCACAUGCGAGGCGGCCCACUUCGGACUCUGGAGGCUCUGCAAGAAAAGCAUCUUCAUCAUGGAGGAAGACUCCAAGGGCAAAGGCUGCGGCCCCAUCACCUUGCCUGGAGCCAAGAACUGCUCCUACUUCAAACACUUCACUUCAGGGGAAGAGGCCGAGCUUUUUGAAGUUAAAACCCAGAAAGAGUACAACAUCUCAGCGGCGGCAAUCGCCAUCUUCAGCCUGGCGUUCAUGAUCCUGGGCACGCUGUGCCUCCUGGGCUCCUUUGGGAAGGGCAGAGACUACCUGCUGAGGCCGGCCGGCAUGUUCUUUGCCUUUGCAGGCCUCUGCAUCAUCAUCUCGGUGGAGGUGAUGCGUCAGUCCGUCAAGAGGAUGAUCGACAGCGACGAGACCAUCUGGAUCGAGUACUACUACUCGUGGUCCUUCGCCUGCGCCUGCGCGGCCUUCGUCCUCCUCUUCCUCAGCGGCAUCGCCCUCCUCAUCAUCUCCAUGCCACACAUGCCAAGGAACCCCUGGGAGACCUGCAUGGAUGCCGAGCCGGAGCCCAUCGAGUAAGCCACCUGACGCUGGCAGCAGAUGUGCACCCUCCCCCCCCCCCCAGAAAAUGCAAGUACCCUUUCAGUAAGCCACUUGACCACAACAGCAACGUGCCCCCCCUCCAUUUAAAAUGGUUAUAUGCAAUUGAGUAACCUACCUGAAUGCAGAAGCAUAUGCCCCCCCAAAUUUAAAAUGGUACAGCACACUACAAAGUGACCAAGAGGCCUCCCAGUGUUUGUAUUUAAUAACAAAAAGUAAGAUGCAGAAUGAUUUUGCAAAUCAAACAUCGACGUCCAAGCAUGAUCCAAUGCUUCAUUUAUAAAACACUGACUGUAUGCUCUUUUCUGUAACUUUCACGUAUGUAACUUACUGUUUGUAUCUGAAAGAGUUUGCUUUAAGACAGUGGUAAUUGUUAUAUGCAUAGCCCAUGCAGAACAAGCAGUCCACACACUAAUCUGUGCUGAGGGGCAGAAUAUAAAACAUACUACAUCAAAGCUGAUAGUGCCACCUAAAGUCUAUGUAUCACAGGUCACAUGAGAAUGACCUCAAGAUCUAUACAUCUGGGUCAACUCCGUUCACACACAGUCAUAGUUUCGUUUCAGUAUAAGUAGAUUAACGCUUCUAAUAGCAAAGCAAAAUAUUACUCGUUUUGUCUACUUUUCAGUGUUGAGGAAAUUAAGACUCUCAAAUGACAAAAGUGAGUGUCAGCUUACUUUAAUUUUUUGAAUUUGUAGUAACUUAAAAAAGGAAAAAAUCCUGCAACCACAGUGUCAGGGACUUAACUCACAGAACAGCAGAGUAAUCAGAUGCAGGAUCUGGUGGCAUGAAGACACACUGAGCCAGGAGAUAGA